UGACGUAGCACAUACCAGGCGCUCUAUGAGGAGGCAGACUCGCAUAAAUGCUGUAUUAGACUUUCUCCCUCAGACCGCGCACAUAAACAAUCCCGCACUACGGCUUUACAUCUGCGCGCAUCAUCACUGGCACAUACACAGGAUCACUCUGAAACACACUUUUAAAACACACAUCGGACUAUAUUCUAGCCUACUUUCCUUUAGAAUAAUUAAAGGAAAAACAAAAAGAAAGAAUAUAUUUUUUUUCUUCUGUCGCUUCAUCCUCAACGAGUUCUGCAAAUAUACGUGUUACUUUUCAGCAGCUUUGGUAAUUUUUGUAAUUAUUCUGGAUCUAUACAGGAGACUUUAUGUUGGGUUAAUAACACAUGUAAAGACGGAACCGCUACAGCAAACAAACCCGGGUUCGGAAGAGCGCGCCCAGCCGAGCUCAGAGUCCCGGCUACCGGACAGUCCCUUCGAGUACUCCCCGCUCCCGGUCCCCCACCACAGUCGCAUCAGUCCCCAGCCCCCCACACAGAACACCAUUCAGCGCGAGGCUUUCACACCAGACAUGCCAUGUGUGCAGGCACAGUAUGGGCCUGCCCCUCCAGGCUCGUCCUACUCCGCCCAGUCCUUUGGUUACCAGGGCGACAGCUACAGCUCUGACCUCAUGACCCCGGACUAUACCAAGUUGGACUUGGGGGGGGGUGAGAUCUCGGCGGCCGCCACCACCUCUCUGCCGAGCUUCAACGUGUUUGUUGAGGGGAGCUACGAGCCCAAGUCCUCCUGCCUAUACCAGAUGCCCUCCCAUAGGCCGCUUAUCAAGAAGGAGGAUGAGUCCUACCCACAAUCUGACACCAUGCCCUCCUCCUCCAUGUACUUUAAACAGUCUCCUCCGUCCACCCCCACCACCCCCUCUCUCGCCCCCCAGCCUGGCUCCUCCUUCCUCUGGGAUGACUCCCCCCACCUCUCCCUGCAGCCCCCCUCCCACGGACCCCUCAAGUCCGCUCGCUUCCCCCACUUCUACCAGCACUCCCCUCCCCACAGUGGGGGGUACGAGGGGCUGGGAGGGGGGCUGCCUCGCUCUUCCUCCUCAUCCUCUUCCUCGUCCUCCUCGGUGCCCCCUCACCCCCACGGCCCACCCCUGGAACAGCACCUGUACCACCUGCACCGCGGGGUUGGGGUUCCGGGGGGCCCGGGAGGACUGGCCUUCCGUUCUCUGGCGCUGGGGUCCUGUAACCCUCUGCUGGGGGACCGCCUGCCCUCCCCCCCCCAUCGCGGCCCCCCAGGAGAGGGCACCUGUGCCGUGUGUGGUGACAACGCUGCCUGCCAGCACUACGGCGUACGCACCUGCGAGGGCUGCAAAGGCUUCUUCAAGCGUACGGUGCAGAAGAAUGCCAAGUAUGUGUGCCUGGCCAGUAAGAACUGUCCGGUGGACAAACGGAGACGCAACCGCUGCCAGUACUGCCGCUUCCAGAAGUGCCUCAGUGUCGGCAUGGUGAAGGAGGUGGUGCGUACAGACAACCUGAAGGGCCGUCGAGGUCGUCUGCCCUCCAAACCAAAGAGCCCACUGCAGGCGGAGUCCUCGCCUCCCUCGCCUCCCCUCAGCCUGCUCUCUGCUCUGCUCAGGGCCUACUCACACUGCACUCCCAGGGAACUGGACUACAGCCAGUUCAGUGUGGCGGAAGCCCCCUCCUCCUCCUCUGACACCCAGUACAUACAGCUCUUCUAUAGGCUGCUCACCAUCUCCAUGGAGACCACGCGUUGCUGGGCCGACCGGCUACCCGGCUUCAAUGAGCUUCACGGCGAUGACCAAAACCUUCUCAUAGACUCCGCCUUCCUGGAGCUCUUCGUCCUGCGAUUGGCCCACAGGUCUUUGUUGUCGGAGGAUAAGCUGGUGUUCUGUAAUGGCCUGGUGCUGAGCAGGUUCCAGUGUCUGAGAGGUUUUGGAGAGUGGCUGGACUCCAUCAGAGACUUCUCCUCUCAUCUACAGAGUCUCAACCUGGACACAUCCGCCUUCUCCUGCCUGGCUGCCCUGGUGCUGCUCACAGAGCAGGUCCCAGGACUGAAGGACAGUAAGCGCGUUGAGGAGCUGCAGAACAAGGUGGUCUGUUGCCUUAGAGACCACCUGGGCUUUGGCCCCUCCUCCUCCUCCUCCUCCUCCUCCUCCAAGGCCACGCCCCCUCUAAGUCGUGUGCUGGGUGUUAGGGCAGAGCUCCGCUCCCAGAGGACCCAGGGUCUGCAGAGGAUCUUCUACCUGAAGCUGGAGGACCUAGUCCCACCCCCACCUCUGAUUGACAGGUUCCUAGACACUCUGCCCUACUGAUGCUGCCUGGGCUGAUUAUGCCCACACAUACGUGUCACAUCCUGUUUAAGACCCCCCCCCCCCCCCCCACCCCCAGAGCACCACGCAGCCACGCUCAGAGGAGCGAGACUUGCUGAGCUACGCUGAGAGACAGCCAAUCAAAUUGCUUUUCACUCAUUAAGGACAACCAAUCAAAAAAUGCUUUUCACGCCAUAAAGACAAUUAUUCAAAUGCUUACCACUUUCUAUCUGGACCGUUUUUCUCGUGUGAUGGGAGGAUUUGAAAGGAUGACAAAAAAUGAAAGUGACAUUUCUCUGUCCUGUUUUAGUCUGGUUAUGCCUGAAGGAGGAAAAUAAGAGCCAGGUCUUUGUUCUGGACUGGUUUGUCCUGCUUCAGUCUGGUUCGGUUCAGUCUGAAGUUCAUAGCAGUCUGUCCUAGGGGGAGGGGAAGGCAGUCUGUGUGAGUAGCUGUGUGACGCUCUGAUGAUGUCCCAGGGAAACAGAAGCUGCGUUUUUUUUGUUUCCCCUGCGAAAUUGGAGGUAGGAGACAUUUAAAUAAAAAAAGGUAUCGUCAGUCAAGACGACGUACAGCGUGAGUGACCCAGCAAUCUGUCUGUGUGUGUGUGAGCUUAGUCACACAACAGAAGGCAUUAAAACAGAAGAUCUAUAUAAAACACCCAACACACACAGUGAAGUGACUGCUGUUUGGCUCUGUUGUCCAAGUGCAAUUUCUUUAGUGCUAUCUUUUUUUUUAACGCAACAGCUAGAGAUGGGAAGGUUUCAUUUCAAACUCUAAAUGAUUCUAAUACUAAGACUGGCCAUGUACUGCCAGUCUGUCAGUAGCUCCGGGAGAAAGAGAGAUUGGGUGAGGAGGUACUCAGCACUAACCAUUGAUGACUCAGUCUCUCAGACUUGAACUGGCUGUGGUAGAUUUAAGAAUGAACUCUUAGGAUUAUUGGAGGAAAGAACGCAAGCAGCACUUACACCCUCAGAGGGUGACAAGCACAGACACACACCCACCCUGCUCCCCGAGAGAGGGAGUGAAGAGGCAGAGAGGAGGAGAACAGGA